GGCAUACUCAUACAAUCAAACACUAGACAGCAAUAAAACAGAAGGAAUAACAGAUGCACACAACAAUAUGGAGGAAAUCUUACAGUGGGGAAUGAGUGAAUGGUGCAGUUUGAAGAACACAUUAAGUCUUGAAAGUUGGAAAGUUCACCAGUACCCUUCUUUCCCUCACCCAAGAUUAGCCCUGGUGGCAGCCGAAAUUGCUUUUAUUAAUCUCUUUGUGGCUCAGGACCUCUAACUGUUGAAGAAAACAUAUUUUACACGUCUUGUCUUUCUGCGAGCAGGAAGCCUAUCUCGCUUAUCUUUGCAACCCCAGACGGGGCUUAGUGUGACCUACACACAGCAGUCCCGUGGAGCACUGCUUCUCAAAUUUGGCUGUACAUACGAAUCACCUGGGGAAUUUUAUAUUGUAUUGCUGCCUUAGGAAUUUUAAAUUGUACUCCCAGAGAUUCUGAUUUAACUGAAAUGAGGUGAGUCCUGGGCACUAGGAUGUUUAAAAACGUUCCAGGUGAUUUUAACGCGAAACAAAAACAGAACCGCUGUUUGGGGGCGUUCUUCCUUCUCCACGCCUGAUUUGCGCUCAGGAGUCGGCUGUCCGGAACGGGGUUGAGGUUCACAGGUAUCUGUCGCCACGCCUCUUCCUACAGAACCAAUAAACUGAAGCCGCUCGGUGACAUCUCAAAGGACUUGAAUUCUGAACGGGCUGCAGACGCUCUGCACCCCGCCCAAGCCUCUAUGGUACUUUGGCGUCCCCUCUAGCACUCGCAAGUCGCCUUCCUCUUCGCCCGGCGCCAGCCCCUCCCUCCCUAUGAUCGCCGAGUUCCCGGCGCCGUCUCGUUGGUAUUUAAUUCCGGAAGCGAGUUUGAAUCAAAGAAGAGGCGGGACUUUCCUCCCGGGAGUAACCCACGUGCUUCCGCUGGAGCCUCUCGGGAGGCGGGUAACGUUAUAGUAUUUGUCAGAAGUUGGGGUCUCCGUGGGCAUUGUGAUCCGUCCCAGGCAGUGCCCCAGGGGUAGGAGAAUGAACGGCGGCGGUGGGUGCUGAUGGUGAUGUCUGCUCCCAGGAUUAGGAGGCCAGAAGGAAAUCCCUUCCACGGUGCUAGGCUGAGAUGGAUCCUCUCAGGGCCCAACAGCUGGCUGCGGAGCUGGAGGUGGAGAUGAUGGCCGAUAUGUACAACAGAAUGACCAGUGCCUGCCACCGGAAGUGUGUGCCUCCUCACUACAAGGAAGCAGAGCUCUCCAAGGGCGAGUCUGUGUGCCUGGACCGAUGUGUCUCUAAGUACCUGGACAUCCAUGAGCGGAUGGGCAAAAAGUUGACAGAGUUGUCUAUGCAGGAUGAAGAGCUGAUGAAGAGGGUGCAGCAGAGCUCUGGGCCCGCAUGAGGUCCCUGUCAGUAUACACCCUGGGGUACACCCCACCCUUUCCCACUUUAAUAAAUGUGCUCCCUGUUGGGUGUCAUCUGUGAAGACUGCCAGGCCUAGGCUCUCUGUAGAGAGUCUUCAAGAUCCCGGAGUGGUAGCGCUGUCUCCUGGUGAAGGAGUAUUUGUCACACUGGAAUGUGACUAUGUGUGUGUGUAUGUGUAUAUAUAUAUAUAUAUAUAUAUUAAAACAAGUUUGUUGACACCUA